AUGGCCUGCUGCGCUACUAGCUUCUGUGGCUUUCCCACAUGCUCCACCAGUGGCACCUGUGGCUCUAGCUGCUGCCAGCCCAGCUGUUGUCCAACCAGCUGCUGCCAGCCCAGCUGUUCCCAGUCCAGCUGCUGCCAGCCCAGCUGUUCCCAGUCCAGCUGCUGCCAGCCCAGCUGUUGUCAGCCCAGCUGCUGCCCACCCAGCUGCUGCCAACCAAGCUGCUGUGGAACUGGCAGUGGCCAGGAGGGUGGCAGUGGAGCCGUGAGCUGCCGCGUCAGAUGGUGCCGCCCAGACUGCCGCGUGGAUGGCACCUGCCUGCCCCCCUGCUGUGUGGUGAGCAGCACACCCCCAACCUGCUGCCAGCUGCACCAUGCCCAGGCCUCCUGCUGCCGCCCAUCCUACUGUGGACAGUCCUGCUGCCGCCCAGCCUGCUGCUGCUACUGCUGCCCUCCAAGCUGCUCUGAGCCCAGCUGUUGA